UUAUGGUUUGUUCACUUCAGGACUAGUUUCUGCAAAUUCUCAAGAUACCAGGGAUUAGACCUUUACAAGUUUUCUGGCUCAGUCCAGUGCUUAAAAGAUGCUGAGACCGAUCCUGGAGAACAUGAUUCUGUGUGUGAGUUGCCAGCAGAAUUUGUAGAGACUGUCAGACCAAGGCCUCAAGGGUCUUCACCAGUAUAUGACUACACAUUGACUGAAGAAUACAAGGACAAAAACGUGCUGGAGGAAACACCAACCAAGUCAUCUACUAACAUUACAGACCAUAAGCAAGGAUUAGAACAGUUGUCAAAAAAACUAUUUCCUGCAAACAUGAGUGACAAGGGGGAAGUAAAACAAGAGGAUAUUGUGGAAGUGGUUGUGAACACAGAUGUUGAAAAAGGUGCAAGUGGCUUCAGUGUUAGAGGUGGAGAAAAGGAUGGGAUAUUUAUUAAGCACGUUCUGAAAGAGUCCCCUGCUGCAAAACGUCUAAGCAUGAGAGAAGGUGAUCAACUUAUCAGUGCUACAAUUUAUUUUGACAAUGUUAAGUAUGAAGAUGCACUCAAGAUUUUGCAGUAUUCUGAACCAUACAAAAUGCAAUAUUGCCUGAAACGAAGAAUACCCAGCUCUAUUGAAUUGGAGUCUAUUGACGGGAAAGGAACCAAGUCAGUGGGGCAUGAUGAAGACUUUUUCAUAAAACUGUAUGGAAGUAAAUCAAAAGCAAGAGGUAUUGCCGAAGAAUUGAAUGCAGAAGGACCACAAAUUCAACAAACCAUCAAGAAGGGGAAGACAAAGAAGACGGAUGUACCUGAUAUCACCUUUUCCUGCCCCAAAUUCCCAGCUUUUAAAAAAUCAAAGACACAGAAACUGGUCAGAUCUCACAGCUUAUCAGAGCCAGGAGAACAUGUUCAGGAUGAUGUCACUGCUACAGGCACAGAUAUCAAAACCCAUUUAAAACCAGUACAAAGCCCACAGAAAGCGAAAAAAACAAGAAGGAAAAUAAAAUUACCACAUAUGGGUACAAAAGAUAUAAACACAGAGAACAAAGAAGCUUGUGAAGACGUAAAGCACGAAAUUUUGAUUGGAAUGAAGGAUUCCACUGUUGUGGAAUGUGCCAAUUUGCAAACAAAUGUACAUGGUACACAACAAAAAUCAAACACCAUAAUGAUCACCACAACUCAAACUAAACAAUUGCUGGCUAAUCAGAGUGAACAAAUGGAAUGUGAUAAGAUUAACAGUGAAUCUAAAGCGAAAAUACCUAAACUCAAAAUAGCUAAAUUUGUACUUCCUGAACCAAUUCUAACAACACAGAAUACAGCAUAUCAAUUGCCAGAGGAAAGAACAUGUUCUCAAUCAAUGCUACAGGAUAUUUCACAAAGCAUUACAGAUGUAAAGGCUGAUGAUAUUUUACCAUUACCAAAGGAGUAUGAUACAAGCACAAGCAAGGAAGUUACUGACAUUUCAAUGCAAGCUUUUGAAAUACAAAACAAAACAGCCAAGGUUGAAAAGCAGCAGAAAAUUAAAGAACAGGAAAUGAAUGAAACAAAAGAUAAAAACUCUCAAACUGAGUCCACAUCUUCUACUCUUGCCAUUGAUGUCAGUCUAAUCAAAGAUGACAUGACACAUGCAAGCAGUGAAUAUACUGUUACAUUAAUGGAAGAAAAAAAAGUACGACACAAGUUGAAUGAGCAAAAGAGUGGACCAAAUGCGCAACAAACUAUUGUACCGGAACAGAAUAUCAUGAUAAAGCAAAAUGACAGUGCAAUAUCCGUGAGCAACAAUCAAGGUGAAAUCAGGGACAGCGAGCUCAUGACAGAAAGUAGUAACCAUCCAGCGAACUCAAAAGCAAUUUCAGGCAAACACCUCAAAAAAGGGAGUAAAUCAAAAACAUCAAAAAACAAAAGCCAGAAAUAUCAAAUUUCCCCAUCUCAACAAAUGGAUACAAACAUUGAAGCCAAGCUAUCUGACAUUCAUGAAGGACCAAAAAUGGCAAUAUCUGCACCUGAUAUUGGAACUCCAAAUAGAAGCUUUAAUAUCAGUCAGACCGAACAAGGCAUUUCCUUCCCAAAAGCUGAGGCAGAGCUAAAGCAGAGAGGUAAACUUGAUGUCGAUGGAGGAAUAGAGAAGCCCAAAUAUGAAAUUUCAAUAAAAGAAACAUCAAUGGAUCAGAAGGCUCCAACAAUAGAUGUAGACAUUGAAUCAGAUGACAUGAAGAUGAAAAGCCAUGAUGAUCAGUUCAAAAAGCCAGUCAUGAAAUCACAAACCUUUGGGGUUUCUAUUCCCAAAUUCAAAGGUCCAGAAAGGGACACAGAUGGGAAAAAGCCAAAAUUAGUCAAUUCACAGAAAGACUCUGACAUGGAGAUAGAGGGAAAAAUGCUUGAGAUAGCUGCUCCAAAGUGUGAACUUGAUAUAGAUGCACCACAACUAGAUAUUGAAGGCAAAAGAGGGAUUACAAAGCUCCCCAAAUUUAAAGGGCGAAAACUUGGAAUUUCUGCAAAUGAUAUUAAAGCACCAAAAAUGAGUCUUGAAUGCAGUUUGCCAAAAGUUGAUAUUUCGCACCCAAAACCUAACAUUGAUAUUAAAAUUCCAGAAGCCGAUAUACAACCAGCAAAGUCAGAAGGUGAAAUUGGUGUCAGAGGUAUAAAUAUGGAGGGUCCAGAAGGCAGUCUAAAAAUGCCAAAGGUUGAAAAGCCAUCAAUAGAUGUAUCUCUUCUGAAGGUGGAAGGUAAAGUUGACAUAGAUGCAGCCGUAGAAAAGCCUGAUAUUGAUGUUUCUUUACCAGAAAUGUCAAAGGACCUUCAAGCCAUUCGUGCUGACAUCCAGGCACCUGAAAUAGAUGUGGAUAUUGAAUCUGCUGAUGGGAAGAUGAAAAGUCAUGGUGGUAAAUUUAGAAUGCCAUCCAUGAAAAUGCCUUCAUUUGGAAUAUAUCUACCCAAAUUCAAAGGUCCAGAGGUGGAUAUGGACGCGAAAAAGCCAGACAUAGAUGUUUCAAUGACAAAGCCCGAAGUGGAGAUUGAGGGCAAAAUGCCUGAAGUGUCCGCUCCUGAGUGUGAACUUGAUGUGGAUUCAUCGCAAGUGGAUAUUGAAGGCAAAAGAGAAAAAAUUAAGGUCCCAAAAUUUAAUGUGCCCAAAUUUGGAAUUUCUGCACCUGAUAUUAAAGCUCCGAAAAUGAGUCUUGAUGUCAGCUUGCCUAAAACAGACAUUACUCUCCCAAAAUCUGAUGCUGAUAUUAAAAUUGCAGAAGGCGAUAUACAACCAGGCAAGUUAGAAGGUGAAAUUGGUGUCGGAGGUAUACAUGUGGAGGGUCCAGAAGUCAGCCUAAAAAUGCCGAAGAUUGAAAAGCCAUCAAUAGAUGUAUCGAUCCCGAAGGUGGAAGGUAAAGUUGACAUUGAUGUGGCCGUAGAAAAGCCUGAUGUUGAUGUUUCUUUACCAGAAAUGUCAAAGGACCUUCAAGCCGUUAGUACUGACAUCCAGGCACCUGAAAUAGAUGUGGAUAUUGAAUCUGCUGAUGGGAAGAUGAAAAGUCAUGGUGGGAAGUUUAAAAUGCCAUCCAUGAAAAUGCCUUCAUUUGGAAUAUCUCUUCACAAGUUCAAAGGUCGAGAGGUGGAUAUGGACGCAAAAAAGCCAGACAUAGAUGUUUCAAUGACAAAGCCUGAAUUGGAGAUCGAGGGCAAAAUGCCUGAAGUGUCCGCUCCUGAGUGUGAACUUGAUGUGGAUUCAUCGCAAGUGGAUAUUGAAGGAAAAAGAGGAAAAAUGAAAGUGCCAAAAUUUGGAAUUUCUGCACCUGAUUUUAAAGCUCCGAAAAUGAAUCUUGAUGUCAGCUUGCCUAAAACUGAUAUUACUCUCCCAAAACCUGAUGCUGAUAUUAACAUUCCAGAAGGCGAUAUACAACCAGGCAAGUUAGAAGGUGAAAUUGGUGUCGGAGGUAUACAUGUGGAGGGUCCAGAAGUCAGUCUAAAAAUGCCAAAGAUUAAAAAGCCAUCAAUAGAUGUAUCGCUCCCGAAGGUGGAAGGUAAAGUUGACAUUGAUGUGGCCGUAGAGAAGCCUGAUGUUGAGGUUUCAGUUCCAGAAAUUUCAACGGAUUUACAAGCCAUUAGUACUGACAUCCAGGCACCUGAAAUACAUGUGGAUAUUGAAUCCGCUGAUGGGAAGAUCAAAAGUCAUGGUGGGAAGUUUAAAAUGCCAUCCAUGAAAAUGCCUUCAUUUGGAAUAUCUCUUCCCAAAUUCAAAGGUCCAGGGGUGGAUAUGGACGGAAAAAAGCCAGACAUAGAUGUUUCAAUGACAAAGCCUGAAGCGGAGAUAGAGGGCAAAAUGCCUGAAGUCUCCGCUCCGGAGUGUGAAGUUGAUGUAGAUUCAUUGCAAGUGGAUAUUGAAGGCAAAAGAGGGAAAAUGAAGGUCCCAAAAUUUAAGGUGCCAAAAUUUGGAAUUUCUGCACCUGAUAUUAAAGCUCCGAAGAUGAGUCUUGAUGUCAGCGUGCCUAAAACUGAUAUUACUCUCCCAAAACUUGAUGCUGAUAUUAAAAUUCCAGAAGGCGAUAUAAAACCAGGCAAGUUAGAAGGUGAAAUUGGUGUUGGAGGUAUACAUGUGGAGGGUCCUGAAGUUAAUGUAAAAAUGCCAAAGAUUGAAAAGCCAUCAACAGAUGUAUCUCUCCUGAAGGUGGAAGGUAAAGUUGACAUUGAUGUGGCUGUAGAGAAGCCUGAUGUUGAGGUUUCAGUUCCAGAAAUGUCAACGGAUCUACAAGCCAUUAGUACUGACAUCCAGGCACCCGAAAUAGAUGUGGAUAUUGAAUCCGCUGAUGGGAAGAUCAAAAGUCAUGGUGGGAAGUUUAAAAUGCCAUCCAUGAAAAUGCCUUCAUUUGGAAUAUCUCUUCCCAAAUUCAAAGGUCCAGGGGUGGAUAUGGACAUAAAAAAGCCAGACAUAGAUGUUUCAAUGACAAAGCCUGAAGUGGAGAUCGAGGGCAAAAUGCCUGAAGUGUCCGCUCGUGAGUGUGAACUUGAUGUGGAUUCAUCGCAAGUGGAUAUUGAAGGAAAAAGAGGAAAAAUGAAAGUGCCAAAAUUUGGAAUUUCUGCACCUGAUUUUAAAGCUCCGAAAAUGAGUCUUGAUGUCAGCUUGCCUAAAACUGAUAUUACUCUCCCAAAACCUGAUGCUGAUAUUAAAAUUCUAGAAGGCGAUAUACAACCAGGCAAGUUAGAAGGUGAAAUUGGUGUCGGAGGUAUACAUGUGGAGGGUCCAGAAGUCAGCCUAAAAAUGCCAAUGAUUAAAAAGCCAUCAAUAGAUGUAUCGCUCCCGAAGGUGGAAGGUAAAGUUGACAUUGAUGUGGCCGUAGAGAAGCCUGAUGUUGAGGUUUCAGUUCCAGAAAUGUCAACGGAUUUACAAGCCAUUAGUACUGACAUCCAGGCACCUGAAAUACAUGUGGAUAUUGAAUCCGCUGAUGGGAAGAUCAAAAGUCAUGGUGGGAAGUUUAAAAUGCCAUCCAUGAAAAUGCCUUCAUUUGGAAUAUCUCUUCCCAAAUUCAAAGGUCCAGGGGUGGAUAUGGACGUAAAAAAGCCAGACAUAGAUGUUUCAAUGACAAAGCCUGAAGUGGAGAUCGAGGGCAAAAUGCCUGAAGUGUCCGCUCGUGAGUGUGAACUUGAUGUGGAUUCAUCGCAAGUGGAUAUUGAAGGAAAAAGAGGAAAAAUGAAAGUGCCAAAAUUUGGAAUUUCUGCACCUGAUUUUAAAGCUCCGAAAAUGAGUCUUGAUGUCAGCUUGCCUAAAACUGAUAUUACUCUCCCAAAACCUGAUGCUGAUAUUAAAAUUCUAGAAGGCGAUAUAAAACCAGGCAAGUUAGAAGGUGAAAUUGGUGUCGGAGGUAUACAUGUGGAGGGUCCUGAAGUCAGUCUAAAAAUGCCAAAGAUUGAAAAGCCAUCAACAGAUGUAUCUCUCCCGAAGGUGGAAGGUAAAGUUGACAUUGAUGUGGCCGUAGAGAAGCCUGAUGUUGGUGUUUCUUUAGCAGAAAUGUCAAAGGACCUUCAAGCCAUUAGUACUGACAUCCAGGCACCUGAAAUAGAUGUGGAUAUUGAAUCCACUGAUGGGAAGAUCAAAAGUCAUGGUGGUAAGUUUAAAAUGCCAUCAUUUGGAAUAUCUCUUCCCAAAUUCAAAGGUCCAGAGGUCGAUAAGGAUGUAAAAAAGCCAGCCAUCGAUGUUUCAAUGACAAAGCCUGAAGUGGAGAUUGAGGGCAAAAUGUCUGAAGUGUCCGCUCCAGAGUGUGAAGUUGAUGUAGAUUCAUUGCAAGUGGAUAUUGAAGGCAAAAGUGGGACAAUGAAGGUCCCAAAAUUUAAGGUGCCAAAAUUUGGAAUUUCUGCACCUGAUAUUAAAGCUCCGAAAAUGAGUCUUGAUGUCAGCUUGCCUAAAACUGAUAUUACUCUCCCAAAACUUGAUGCUGAUAUUAAAAUUCCAGAAGGCGAUAUAAAACCAGGCAAGUUAGAAGGUGAAAUUGGUGUCGGAGGUAUACAUGUGGAGGGUCCUGAAGUCAGUCUAAAAAUGCCAAAGAUUGAAAAGCCAUCAACAGAUGUAUCUCUCCCGAAGGUGGAAGGUAAAGUUGACAUUGAUGUAGCCGUAGAAAAGCGUGAUGUUGAUGUUUCUUUACCAGAAAUGUCAAAGGACCUUCAAGCCGUUAGUACUGACAUCCAGGCACCUGAAAUAGAUGUGGAUAUUGAAUCUGCUGAUGGGAAGAUGAAAAGUCAUGGUGGUAAAUUUAAAAUGCCAUCCAUGAAAAUGCCUUCAUUUGGAAUAUCUCUUCCCAAAUUCAAAGGCCCAGAGGUGGAUAUGGACGCGAAAAAGCCAGACAUAGAUGUUUCCAUGACAAAGCCUGAAGUGGAGAUCAAGGGCAAAAUGCCUGAAGUGUCCGCUCCUGAGUGUGAACUUGAUGUGGAUUCACCGCAAGUGGAUAUUGUAGGAAAAAGAGGAAAAAUGAAAGUGCCAAAAUUUGGAAUUUCUGCACCUGAUAUUAAAGUUCCGAAAAUGAAUCUUGAUGUCAGCUUGCCUAAAACUGAUAUUACUCUCCCAAAACCUGAUGCUGAUAUUAAAAUUCCAGAAGGCGAUAUACAACCAGGCAAGUUAGAAGGUGAAAUUGGUGUCGGAGGUAUACAUAUGGAGGGUCCAGAAGUCAGCCUAAAAAUACCAAAGAUUGAAAAGCCAUCAAUAGAUAUUUCGCUCCCGAAGGUGGAAGGUAAAGUUGACAUUGAUGUGGCCGUAGAGAAGCCUGAUGUUGAGGUUUCAGUUCCAGAAAUGUCAACGGAUCUACAAGCCAUUAGUACUGAUAUCCAGGCACCCGAAAUAGAUGUGGAUAUUGAAUCCGCUGAUGGGAAGAUCAAAAGUCAUGGUGGGAAGUUUAAAAUGCCAUCCAUGAAAAUGCCUUCAUUUGGAAUAUCUCUUCCCAAAUUCAAAGGCCCAGAGGUGGAUAUGGACGUAAAAAAGCCAGACAUAGAUGUUUCAAUGACAAAGCCUGAAGUGGUGAUAGAGGGCAAAAUGCCUGAAGUCUCCGCUCCAGAGUGUGAAGUUGAUGUAGAUUCAUUGCAAGUGGAUAUUGAAGGCAAAAGAGGGAAAAUGAAGGUCCCAGAAUUUAAGGUGCCCAAAUUUGGAAUUUCUGCACCUGAUAUUAAAGCUCCGAAAAUGAGUCUUGAUGUCAGCUUGCCUCAAACUGAUAUUACUCUCCCAAAACCCGAUGCUGCUAUUAAAAUUCCAGAAGGCAAUAUACAACCAGGCAAGUUAGAAGGUGAAAUUGGUGUCGGAGGUAUAUAUGUCGAGGGUCCUGAAGUCAGUCUAAAAAUGCCAAAGAUUGAAAAGCCAUCAAUAGAUGUAUCUCUCCCGAAGGUGGAUGGUAAAGUUGACAUUGAUGUAGCCGUAGAAAAGCGUGAAAUUGAUGUUUCUUUACCAGAAAUGUCAAAGGACCUUCAAGCCAUUAGUACUGACAUCCAGGCACCUGAAAUAGAUGUGGAUAUUGAAUCUGCUGAUGGGAAGAUCAAAAGUCAUGGUGGGAAGUUUAAAAUGCCAUCCAUGAAAAUGCCUUCAUUUGGAAUAUCUCUUCCCAAAUUCAAAGGCCCAGAGGUGGAUAUGGACGUAAAAAAGCCAGACAUAGAUGUUUCAAUGACAAAGCCUGAAUUGGAGAUCGAGGGCAAAAUGCCUGAAGUGUCCGCUCCUGAGUGUGAACUUGAUGUAGAUUCACCGCAAGUGCAUAUUGAAGGAAAAAGAAGAAAAAUGAAAGUGCCAACAUUUGGAAUUUCUGCACCUGAUAUUAAAGCUCCGAAAAUGAGUCUUGAUGUCAGCUUUCCUAAAACUGAUAUUACUCUCCCAAAACCUGAUGCUGCUAUUAAAAUUCCAGAAGGCGAUAUACAACCAGGCAAGUUAGAAGGUGAAAUUGGUGUCGGAGGUAUACAUGUGGAGGGUCCAGAAGUCAGCCUAAAAAUGCCAAUGAUUAAAAAGCCAUCAAUAGAUGUAUCGCUCCCGAAGGUGGAAGGUAAAGUUGACAUUGAUGUGGCCGUAGAGAAGCCUGAUGUUGAGGUUUCAGUUCCAGAAAUGUCAACGGAUCUACAAUCCAUUAGUACUGACAUCCAGGCACCUGAAAUAGAUGUGGAUAUUGAAUCCGCUGAUGGGAAGAUCAAAAGUCAUGGUGGGAAGUUUAAAAUGCCAUCCAUGAAAAUGCCUUCAUUUGGAAUAUCUCUUCCCAAAUUCAAAGGCCCAGAGGUGGAUAUGGACGUAAAAAAGCCAGACAUAGAUGUUUCAAUGACAAAGCCUGAAUUGGAGAUCGAGGGCAAAAUGCCUGAAGUGUCCGCUCCUGAGUGUGAACUUGAUGUAGAUUCAUUGCAAGUGGAUAUUGAAGGCAAAAGAGGGAAAAUGAAGGUCCCAAAAUUUAAGGUGCCCAAAUUUGGAAUUUCUGCACCUGAUAUUAAAGCUCCGAAAAUGAGCCUUGAUGUCAGCUUGCCUGAAACUGAUAUUACUCUCCCAAAACCUGAUGCUGAUAUUAAAAUUCCAGAAGGCAAUAUACAACCAGGCAAGUUAGAAGGUGAAAUUGGUGUCGGAGGUAUACAUGUGGAGGGGCCUGAAGUCAGUCUAAAAAUGCCAAAGAUUGAAAAGCCAUCAACAGAUGUAUCUCUCCCGAAGGUGGAAGGUAAAGUUGACAUUGAUGUAGCCGUAGAAAAGCGUGAAAUUGAUGUUUCUUUACCAGAAAUGUCAAAGGACCUUCAAGCCAUUAGUACUGACAUCCAGGCACCUGAAAUAGAUGUGGAUAUUGAAUCUGCUGAUGGGAAGAUGAAAAGUCAUGGUGGUAAAUUUAAAAUGCCAUCCAUGAAAAUGCCUUCAUUUGGAAUAUCUCUUCCCAAAUUUAAAGGUCCAGUGGUGGAUAUAGACGCGAAAAAGCCAGACAUAGAUGUUUCAAUGACAAAGCCUGAAUUGGAGAUCGAGGGCAAAAUGCCUGAAGUGUCCGCUCCUGAGUGUGAACGUGAUGUGGAUUCAUCGCAAGUGGAUAUUGAAGGAAAAAGAAGAAAAAUGAAAGUGCCAACAUUUGGAAUUUGUGCACCUGAUAUUAAAGCUCCGAAAAUGAGUCUUGAUGUCAGCUUGCCUAAAACUGAUAUUACUCUCCCAAAACUUGAUGCUGAUAUUAAAAUUCCAGAAGGCGAUAUACAACCAGGCAAGUUAGAAGGUGAAAUUGGUGUCGGAGGUAAACAUGUGGAGGGUCCUGAAGUUAGUCUAAAAAUGCCAAAGAUUGAAAAGCCAUCAACAGAUGUAUCUCUCCCGAAGGUGGAAGGUAAAGUUGACAUUGAUGUGGCUGUAGAGAAGCCUGAUGUUGAGGUUUCAGUUCCAGAAAUGUCAACGGAUCUACAAGCCAUUAUUACUGACAUCCAGGCACCCGAAAUAGAUGUGGAUAUUGAAUCCGCUGAUGGGAAGAUCAAAAGUCAUGGUGGGAAGUUUAAAAUACCAUCCAUGAAAAUGCCUUCAUUUGGAAUAUCUCUUCCCAAAUUCAAAGGUCCAAGGGUGGAUAUGGACGUAAAAAAGCCAGACAUAGAUGUUUCAAUGACAAAGCCUGAAGUGGAGAUAGAGGGCAAAAUGCCUGAAGUCUCCGCUGCAGAGUGUGAAGUUGAUGUAGAUUCAUUGCAAGUGGAUAUUGAAGGCAAAAGAGGGAAAAUGAAGGUCCCAAAAUUUAAGGUGCCAAAAUUUGGAAUUUCUGCACCUGAUAUUAAAGCUCCGAAAAUGAGUCUUGAUGUCAGCUUGCCUAAAACUGAUAUUACUCUCCCAAAACUUGAUGCUGAUAUUAAAAUUCCAGAAGGCGAUAUAAAACCAGGCAAGUUAGAAGGUGAAAUUGGUGUUGGAGGUAUACAUGUGGAGGGUCCUGAAGUUAGUCUAAAAAUGCCAAAGAUUGAAAAGCCAUCAACAGAUGUAUCUCUCCCGAAGGUGGAAGGUAAAGUUGACAUUGAUGUAGUCGUAGAAAAGCCUGAUGUUGGUGUUUCUUUACCAGAAAUGUCAAAGGACCUUCAAGCCCAGGCACCUGAAAUAGAUGUGGAUAUUGAAUCUGCUGAUGGGAAGAUGAAAAGUCAUGGUGGUAAAUUUAGAAUGCCAUCCAUGAAAAUGCCUUCAUUUGGAAUAUCUCUUCACAAAUUCAAAGGUCCAGAGGUGGAUAUGGACGCGAAAAAGCCAGACAUAGAUGUUUCAAUGACAAAGCCCGAAGUGGAGAUUGAGGGCAAAAUGCCUGAAGUGUCCGCUCCUGAGUGUGAACUUGAUGUGGAUUCAUCGCAAGUGGAUAUUGAAGGCAAAAGAGAAAAAAUUAAGGUCCCAAAAUUUAAUGUGCCCAAAUUUGGAAUUUCUGCACCUGAUAUUAAAGCUCCGAAAAUGAGUCUUGAUGUCAGCUUGCCUAAAACUGAUAUUACUCUCCCAAAAUCUGAUGCUGAUAUUAAAAUUGCAGAAGGCGAUAUACAACCAGGCAAGUUAGAAGGUGAAAUUGGUGUCGGAGGUAUACAUGUGGAGGGUCCAGAAGUCAGCCUAAAAAUGCCGAAGAUUGAAAAGCCAUCAAUAGAUGUAUCGAUCCCGAAGGUGGAAGGUAAAGUUGACAUUGAUGUGGCCGUAGAAAAGCCUGAUGUUGAUGUUUCUUUACCAGAAAUGUCAAAGGACCUUCAAGCCGUUAGUACUGACAUCCAGGCACCUGAAAUAGAUGUGGAUAUUGAAUCUGCUGAUGGGAAGUUGAAAAGUCAUGGUGGUAAAUUUAAAAUGCCAUCCAUGAAAAUGCCUUCAUUUGGAAUAUCUCUUCACAAGUUCAAAGGUCGAGAGGUGGAUAUGGACGCAAAAAAGCCAGACAUAGAUGUUUCAAUGACAAAGCCUGAAUUGGAGAUCGAGGGCAAAAUGCCUGAAGUGUCCGCUCCUGAGUGUGAACUUGAUGUGGAUUCAUCGCAAGUGGAUAUUGAAGGAAAAAGAGGAAAAAUGAAAGUGCCAAAAUUUGGAAUUUCUGCACCUGAUUUUAAAGCUCCGAAAAUGAAUCUUGAUGUCAGCUUGCCUAAAACUGAUAUUACUCUCCCAAAACCUGAUGCUGAUAUUAACAUUCCAGAAGGCGAUAUACAACCAGGCAAGUUAGAAGGUGAAAUUGGUGUCGGAGGUAUACAUGUGGAGGGUCCAGAAGUCAGUCUAAAAAUGCCAAAGAUUAAAAAGCCAUCAAUAGAUGUAUCGCUCCCGAAGGUGGAAGGUAAAGUUGACAUUGAUGUGGCCGUAGAGAAGCCUGAUGUUGAGGUUUCAGUUCCAGAAAUUUCAACGGAUUUACAAGCCAUUAGUACUGACAUCCAGGCACCUGAAAUACAUGUGGAUAUUGAAUCCGCUGAUGGGAAGAUCAAAAGUCAUGGUGGGAAGUUUAAAAUGCCAUCUAUGAAAAUGCCUUCAUUUGGAAUAUCUCUUCCCAAAUUCAAAGGUCCAGGGGUGGAUAUGGACGGAAAAAAGCCAGACAUAGAUGUUUCAAUGACAAAGCCUGAAGCGGAGAUAGAGGGCAAAAUGCCUGAAGUCUCCGCUCCGGAGUGUGAAGUUGAUGUAGAUUCAUUGCAAGUGGAUAUUGAAGGCAAAAGAGGGAAAAUGAAGGUCCCAAAAUUUAAGGUGCCAAAAUUUGGAAUUUCUGCACCUGAUAUUAAAGCUCCGAAGAUGAGUCUUGAUGUCAGCGUGCCUAAAACUGAUAUUACUCUCCCAAAACUUGAUGCUGAUAUUAAAAUUCCAGAAGGCGAUAUAAAACCAGGCAAGUUAGAAGGUGAAAUUGGUGUUGGAGGUAUACAUGUGGAGGGUCCUGAAGUUAAUGUAAAAAUGCCAAAGAUUGAAAAGCCAUCAACAGAUGUAUCUCUCCUGAAGGUGGAAGGUAAAGUUGACAUUGAUGUGGCUGUAGAGAAGCCUGAUGUUGAGGUUUCAGUUCCAGAAAUGUCAACGGAUCUACAAGCCAUUAGUACUGACAUCCAGGCACCCGAAAUAGAUGUGGAUAUUGAAUCCGCUGAUGGGAAGAUCAAAAGUCAUGGUGGGAAGUUUAAAAUGCCAUCCAUGAAAAUGCCUUCAUUUGGAAUAUCUCUUCCCAAAUUCAAAGGUCCAGGGGUGGAUAUGGACAUAAAAAAGCCAGACAUAGAUGUUUCAAUGACAAAGCCUGAAGUGGAGAUCGAGGGCAAAAUGCCUGAAGUGUCCGCUCGUGAGUGUGAACUUGAUGUGGAUUCAUCGCAAGUGGAUAUUGAAGGAAAAAGAGGAAAAAUGAAAGUGCCAAAAUUUGGAAUUUCUGCACCUGAUUUUAAAGCUCCGAAAAUGAGUCUUGAUGUCAGCUUGCCUAAAACUGAUAUUACUCUCCCAAAACCUGAUGCUGAUAUUAAAAUUCUAGAAGGCGAUAUACAACCAGGCAAGUUAGAAGGUGAAAUUGGUGUCGGAGGUAUACAUGUGGAGGGUCCUGAAGUCAGUCUAAAAAUGCCAAAGAUUGAAAAGCCAUCAACAGAUGUAUCUCUCCCGAAGGUGGAAGGUAAAGUUGACAUUGAUGUGGCCGUAGAGAAGCCUGAUGUUGGUGUUUCUUUAGCAGAAAUGUCAAAGGACCUUCAAGCCAUUAGUACUGACAUCCAGGCACCUGAAAUAGAUGUGGAUAUUGAAUCCACUGAUGGGAAGAUCAAAAGUCAUGGUGGUAAGUUUAAAAUGCCAUCAUUUGGAAUAUCUCUUCCCAAAUUCAAAGGUCCAGAGGUCGAUAAGGAUGUAAAAAAGCCAGCCAUCGAUGUUUCAAUGACAAAGCCUGAAGUGGAGAUUGAGGGCAAAAUGUCUGAAGUGUCCGCUCCAGAGUGUGAAGUUGAUGUAGAUUCAUUGCAAAUGGAUAUUGAAGGCAAAAGUGGGACAAUGAAGGUCCCAAAAUUUAAGGUGCCAAAAUUUGGAAUUUCUGCACCUGAUAUUAAAGCUCCGAAAAUGAGUCUUGAUGUCAGCUUGCCUAAAACUGAUAUUACUCUCCCAAAACUUGAUGCUGAUAUUAAAAUUCCAGAAGGCGAUAUAAAACCAGGCAAGUUAGAAGGUGAAAUUGGUGUCGGAGGUAUACAUGUGGAGGGUCCUGAAGUCAGUCUAAAAAUGCCAAAGAUUGAAAAGCCAUCAACAGAUGUAUCUCUCCCGAAGGUGGAAGGUAAAGUUGACAUUGAUGUAGCCGUAGAAAAGCGUGAUGUUGAUGUUUCUUUACCAGAAAUGUCAAAGGACCUUCAAGCCGUUAGUACUGACAUCCAGGCACCUGAAAUAGAUGUGGAUAUUGAAUCUGCUGAUGGGAAGAUGAAAAGUCAUGGUGGUAAAUUUAAAAUGCCAUCCAUGAAAAUGCCUUCAUUUGGAAUAUCUCUUCCCAAAUUCAAAGGCCCAGAGGUGGAUAUGGACGCGAAAAAGCCAGACAUAGAUGUUUCCAUGACAAAGCCUGAAGUGGAGAUCAAGGGCAAAAUGCCUGAAGUGUCCGCUCCUGAGUGUGAACUUGAUGUGGAUUCACCGCAAGUGGAUAUUGUAGGAAAAAGAGGAAAAAUGAAAGUGCCAAAAUUUGGAAUUUCUGCACCUGAUAUUAAAGUUCCGAAAAUGAAUCUUGAUGUCAGCUUGCCUAAAACUGAUAUUACUCUCCCAAAACCUGAUGCUGAUAUUAAAAUUCCAGAAGGCGAUAUACAACCAGGCAAGUUAGAAGGUGAAAUUGGUGUCGGAGGUAUACAUAUGGAGGGUCCAGAAGUCAGCCUAAAAAUACCAAAGAUUGAAAAGCCAUCAAUAGAUAUUUCGCUCCCGAAGGUGGAAGGUAAAGUUGACAUUGAUGUGGCCGUAGAGAAGCCUGAUGUUGAGGUUUCAGUUCCAGAAAUGUCAACGGAUCUACAAGCCAUUAGUACUGACAUCCAGGCACCCGAAAUAGAUGUGGAUAUUGAAUCCGCUGAUGGGAAGAUCAAAAGUCAUGGUGGGAAGUUUAAAAUGCCAUCCAUGAAAAUGCCUUCAUUUGGAAUAUCUCUUCCCAAAUUCAAAGGCCCAGAGGUGGAUAUGGACGUAAAAAAGCCAGACAUAGAUGUUUCAAUGACAAAGCCUGAAGUGGUGAUAGAGGGCAAAAUGCCUGAAGUCUCCGCUCCAGAGUGUGAAGUUGAUGUAGAUUCAUUGCAAGUGGAUAUUGAAGGCAAAAGAGGGAAAAUGAAGGUCCCAGAAUUUAAGGUGCCCAAAUUUGGAAUUUCUGCACCUGAUAUUAAAGCUCCGAAAAUGAGUCUUGAUGUCAGCUUGCCUCAAACUGAUAUUACUCUCCCAAAACCCGAUGCUGCUAUUAAAAUUCCAGAAGGCAAUAUACAACCAGGCAAGUUAGAAGGUGAAAUUGGUGUCGGAGGUAUACAUGUGGAGGGUCCAGGAGUCAGUCUAAAAAUGCCAAAGAUUGAAAAGCCAUCAAUAGAUGUAUCUCUCCCGAAGGUGGAAGGUAAAGUUGACAUUGAUGUGGCCGUAGAGAAGCCUGAUGUUGAGGUUUCAGUUCCAGAAAUGUCAACGGAUCUACAAGCCAUUAGUACUGACAUCCAGGCACCUGAAAUAGAUGUGGAUAUUGAAUCCGCUGAUGGGAAGAUCAAAAGUCAUGGUGGGAAGUUUAAAAUGCCAUCCAUGAAAAUGCCUUCAUUUGGAAUAUCUCUUCCCAAAUUCAAAGGCCCAGAGGUGGAUAUGGACGUAAAAAAGCCAGACAUAGAUGUUUCAAUGACAAAGCCUGAAUUGGAGAUCGAGGGCAAAAUGCCUGAAGUGUCCGCUCCUGAGUGUGAACUUGAUGUGGAGUCACCGCAAGUGCAUAUUGAAGGAAAAAGAAGAAAAAUGAAAGUGCCAACAUUUGGAAUUUCUGCACCUGAUAUUAAAGCUCCGAAAAUGAGUCUUGAUGUCAGCUUGCCUAAAACUGAUAUUACUCUCCCAAAACCUGAUGCUGAUAUUAAAAUUCCAGAAGGUGAUAUACAACCAGACAAGUUAGAAGGUGAAAUUGGUGUCGGAGGUAUACAUGUGGAGGGUCCAGGAGUCAGCCUAAAAAUGCCAAUGAUUAAAAAGCCAUCAAUAGAUGUAUCGCUCCCGAAGGUGGAAGGUAAAGUUGACAUUGAUGUGGCCGUAGAGAAGCCUGAUGUUGAGGUUUCAGUUCCAGAAAUGUCAACGGAUCUACAAGCCAUUAGUACUGACAUCCAGGCACCUGAAAUAGAUGUGGAUAUUGAAUCCGCUGAUGGGAAGAUCAAAAGUCAUGGUGGGAAGUUUAAAAUGCCAUCCAUGAAAAUGCCUUCAUUUGGAAUAUCUCUUCCCAAAUUCAAAGGCCCAGAGCUGGAUAUGGACGUAAAAAAGCCAGACAUAGAUGUUUCAAUGACAAAGCCUGAAUUGGAGAUCGAGGGCAAAAUGCCUGAAGUGUCCGCUCCUGAGUGUGAACUUGAUGUGGAUUCAUCGCAAGUGGAUAUUGAAGGAAAAAGAGGAAAAAUGAAAGUGCCAAAAUUUGGAAUUUCUGCACCUGAUAUUAAAGCUCCGAAAAUGAGACUUGAUGUCAGCUUUCCUAAAACUGAUAUUACUCCCCCAAAACCUGAUGCUGCUAUUAAAAUUCCAGAAGGCGAUAUACAACCAGGCAAGUUAGAAGGUGAAAUUGGUGUCGGAGGUAUACAUGUGGAGGGUCCUGAAGUCAGUCUAAAAAUGCCAAAGAUUGAAAAGCCAUCAACAGAUGUAUCUCUCCCGAAGGUGGAUGGUAAAGUUGACAUUGAUGUAGCCGUAGAAAAGCGUGAAGUUGAUGUUUCUUUACCAGAAAUGUCAAAGGACCUUCAAGCCAUUAGUACUGACAUCCAGGCACCUGAAAUAGAUGUGGAUAUUGAAUCUGCUGAUGGGAAGAUCAAAAGUCAUGGUGGGAAGUUUAAAAUGCCAUCCAUGAAAAUGCCUUCAUUUGGAAUAUCUCUUCCCAAAUUCAAAGGCCCAGAGGUGGAUAUGGACGUAAAAAAGCCAGACAUAGAUGUUUCAAUGACAAAGCCUGAAUUGGAGAUCGAGGGCAAAAUGCCUGAAGUGUCCGCUCCUGAGAGUGAACUUGAUGUAGAUUCACCGCAAGUGCAUAUUGAAGGAAAAAGAAGAAAAAUGAAAGUGCCAACAUUUGGAAUUUCUGCACCUGAUAUUAAAGCUCCGAAAAUGAGUCUUGAUGUCAGCUUUCCUAAAACUGAUAUUACUCUCCCAAAACCUGAUGCUGCUAUUAAAAUUCCAGAAGGCGAUAUACAACCAGGCAAGUUAGAAGGUGAAAUUGGUGUCGGAGGUAUACAUGUGGAGGGUCCAGAAGUCAGCCUAAAAAUGCCAAUGAUUAAAAAGCCAUCAAUAGAUGUAUCGCUCCCGAAGGUGGAAGGUAAAGUUGACAUUGAUGUGGCCGUAGAGAAGCCUGAUGUUGAGGUUUCAGUUCCAGAAAUGUCAACGGAUCUACAAUCCAUUAGUACUGACAUCCAGGCACCUGAAAUAGAUGUGGAUAUUGAAUCCGCUGAUGGGAAGAUCAAAAGUCAUGGUGGGAAGUUUAAAAUGCCAUCCAUGAAAAUGCCUUCAUUUGGAAUAUCUCUUCCCAAAUUCAAAGGCCCAGAGGUGGAUAUGGACGUAAAAAAGCCAGACAUAGAUGUUUCAAUGACAAAGCCUGAAUUGGAGAUCGAGGGCAAAAUGCCUGAAGUGUCCGCUCCUGAGUGUGAACUUGAUGUAGAUUCAUUGCAAGUGGAUAUUGAAGGCAAAAGAGGGAAAAUGAAGGUCCCAAAAUUUAAGGUGCCCAAAUUUGGAAUUUCUGCACCUGAUAUUAAAGCUCCGAAAAUGAGUCUUGAUGUCAGCUUGCCUAAAACUGAUAUUACUCUCCCAAAACCUGAUGCUGAUAUUAAAAUUCCAGAAGGCAAUAUACAACCAGGCAAGUUAGAAGGUGAAAUUGGUGUCGGAGGUAUACAUGUGGAGGGGCCUGAAGUCAGUCUAAAAAUGCCAAAGAUUGAAAAGCCAUCAACAGAUGUAUCUCUCCCGAAGGUGGAAGGUAAAGUUGACAUUGAUGUAGCCGUAGAAAAGUGUGAAGUUGAUGUUUCUUUACCAGAAAUGUCAAAGGACCUUCAAGCCAUUAGUACUGACAUCCAGGCACCUGAAAUAGAUGUGGAUAUUGAAUCUGCUGAUGGGAAGAUCAAAAGUCAUGGUGGGAAGUUUAAAAUGCCAUCCAUGAAAAUGCCUUCAUUUGGAAUAUCUCUUCCCAAAUUCAAAGGCCCAGAGGUGGAUAUGGACGCGAAAAAGCCAGACAUAGAUGUUUCCAUGACAAAGCCUGAAGUGGAGAUCAAGGGCAAAAUGCCUGAAGUGUCCGCUCCUGAGUGUGAACUUGAUGUGGAUUCAUCGCAAGUGGAUAUUGAAGGAAAAAGAGGAAAAAUGAAAGUGCCAAAAUUUGGAAUUUCUGCACCUGAUAUUAAAGCUCCGAAAAUGAGUCUUGAUGUCAGCUUUCCUAAAACUGAUAUUACUCUCCCAAAACCUGAUGCUGCUAUUAAAAUUCCAGAAGGCGAUAUACAACCAGGCAAGUUAGCAGGUGAAAUUGGUGUCGGAGGUAUACAUGUGGAGGGUCCAGAAGGCAGCCUAAAAAUGCCAAUGAUUAAAAAGCCAUCAAUAGAUGUAUCGCUCCCGAAGGCGGAACGUAAAGUUGACAUUGAUGUGGCCGUAGAGAAGCCUGAUGUUGAGGUUUCAGUUCCAGAAAUGUCAACGGAUCUACAAGCCAUUAGUACUGACAUCCAGGCACCUGAAAUAGAUGUGGAUAUUGAAUCCGCUGAUGGGAAGAUCAAAAGUCAUGGUGGGAAGUUUAAAAUGCCAUCCAUGAAAAUGCCUUCAUUUGGAAUAUCUCUUCCCAAAUUCAAAGGUCCAGGGGUGGAUAUGGACGUCAAAAAGCCAGAGAUAGAUGUUUCAAUGACAAAGCCUGAGGUGGAGAUAGAGGGCAAAAUGCCUGAAGUCUCCGCUCCAGAGUGUGAAGUUGAUGUAGAUUCAUUGCAAGUGGAUAUUGAAGGCAAAAGAGGGAAAAUGAAGGUCCCAAAAUUUAAGGUGCCCAGAUUUGGAAUUUCUGCACCUGAUAUUAAAGCUCUGAAAAUGAGCCUUGAUGUCAGCUUGCCUGAAACUGAUAUUACUCUCCCAAAACCUGAUGCUGAUAUUAAAAUUCCAGAAGGCAAUAUACAACCAGGCAAGUUAGAAGGUGAAAUUGGUGUCGGAGGUAUACAUGUGGAGGGUCCUGAAGUCAGUCUAAAAAUGCCAAAGAUUGAAAAGCCAUCAACAGAUGUAUCUCUCCCGAAGGUGGAAGGUAAAGUUGACAUUGAUGUAGCCGUAGAAAAGCGUGAAAUUGAUGUUUCUUUACCAGAAAUGUCAAAGGACCUUCAAGCCAUUAGUACUGACAUCCAGGCACCUGAAAUAGAUGUGGAUAUUGAAUCUGCUGAUGGGAAGAUGAAAAGUCAUGGUGGUAAAUUUAAAAUGCCAUCCAUGAAAAUGCCUUCAUUUGGAAUAUCUCUUCCCAAAUUUAAAGGUCCAGUGGUGGAUAUAGACGCGAAAAAGCCAGACAUAGAUGUUUCAAUGACAAAGCCUGAAUUGGAGAUCGAGGGCAAAAUGCCUGAAGUGUCCGCUCCUGAGUGUGAACGUGAUGUGGAUUCAUCGCAAGUGGAUAUUGAAGGAAAAAGAAGAAAAAUGAAAGUGCCAACAUUUGGAAUUUGUGCACCUGAUAUUAAAGCUCCGAAAAUGAGUCUUGAUGUCAGCUUGCCUAAAACUGAUAUUACUCUCCCAAAACUUGAUGCUGAUAUUAAAAUUCCAGAAGGCGAUAUACAACCAGGCAAGUUAGAAGGUGAAAUUGGUGUCGGAGGUAAACAUGUGGAGGGUCCUGAAGUUAGUCUAAAAAUGCCAAAGAUUGAAAAGCCAUCAACAGAUGUAUCUCUCCCGAAGGUGGAAGGUAAAGUUGACAUUGAUGUGGCUGUAGAGAAGCCUGAUGUUGAGGUUUCAGUUCCAGAAAUGUCAACGGAUCUACAAGCCAUUAUUACUGACAUCCAGGCACCCGAAAUAGAUGUGGAUAUUGAAUCCGCUGAUGGGAAGAUCAAAAGUCAUGGUGGGAAGUUUAAAAUACCAUCCAUGAAAAUGCCUUCAUUUGGAAUAUCUCUUCCCAAAUUCAAAGGUCCAAGGGUGGAUAUGGACGUAAAAAAGCCAGACAUAGAUGUUUCAAUGACAAAGCCUGAAUUGGAGAUCGAGGGCAAAAUGCCUGAAGUCUCCGCUGCAGAGUGUGAAGUUGAUGUAGAUUCAUUGCAAGUGGAUAUUGAAGGCAAAAGAGGGAAAAUGAAGGUCCCAAAAUUUAAGGUGCCAAAAUUUGGAAUUUCUGCACCUGAUAUUAAAGCUCCGAAAAUGAGUCUUGAUGUCAGCUUGCCUAAAACUGAUAUUACUCUCCCAAAACUUGAUGCUGAUAUUAAAAUUCCAGAAGGCGAUAUAAAACCAGGCAAGUUAGAAGGUGAAAUUGGUGUUGGAGGUAUACAUGUGGAGGGUCCUGAAGUUAGUCUAAAAAUGCCAAAGAUUGAAAAGCCAUCAACAGAUGUAUCUCUCCCGAAGGUGGAAGGUAAAGUUGACAUUGAUGUAGUCGUAGAAAAGCCUGAUGUUGGUGUUUCUUUACCAGAAAUGUCAAAGGACCUUCAAGCCCAGGCACCUGAAAUAGAUGUGGAUAUUGAAUCUGCUGAUGGGAAGAUGAAAAGUCAUGGUGGUAAAUUUAGAAUGCCAUCCAUGAAAAUGCCAUCAUUUGGAAUAUCUCUUCACAAAUUCAAAGGUCCAGAGGUGGAUAUGGACGCGAAAAAGCCAGACAUAGAUGUUUCAAUGACAAAGCCCGAAGUGGAGAUUGAGGGCAAAAUGCCUGAAGUGUCCGCUCCAGAGUGUGAACUUGAUGUGGAUUCAUCGCAAGUGGAUAUUGAAGGCAAAAGAGAAAAAAUGAAGGUCCCAAAAUUUAAUGUGCCCAAAUUUGGAAUUUCUGCACCUGAUAUUAAAGCUCCGAAAAUGAGUCUUGAUGUCAGCUUGCCUAAAACUGAUAUUACUCUCCCAAAACUUGAUGCUGAUAUUAAAAUUCCAGAAGGCGAUAUACAACCAGGCAAGUUAGAAGCUGAAAUUGGUGUCAGAGGUAUACAUGUGGAGGGUCCUGAAGUUAGUCUAAAAAUGCCAAAGAUUGAAAAGCCAUCAACAGAUGUAUCUCUCCCGAAGGUGGAAGGUAAUGUUGACAUUGAUGUGGCUGUUGAGAAGCCUGAUGUUGACGUUUCAGUUCCAGAAAUGUCAACGGAUCUACAAGCCAUUAGCACUGACAUCCAGGCACCUGAAAUAGAUGUGGAUAGUGAAGCCGCUGAUGGGAAGAUCAAAAUUCAUGGUGGGAAGUUUAAAAUGCCAUCCAUGAAAAUGCCUUCAUUUGGAAUAUCUCUUCCCAAAUUCAAAGGCCCAGAGGUGGAUAUGGACGUAAAAAAGCCAGACAUAGAUGUUUCAAUGACAAAGCCUGAAGUGGAGAUAGAGGGCAAAAUGCCUGAAGUGUCCGCUCGUGAGUGUGAACUUGAUGUGGAUUCAUCGCAAGUGGAUAUUGAAGGCAAAAGAGGAAAAAUUAAAGUGCCAAAAUUUGGAAUUUCUGCACCUGAUAUUAAAGCUCCGAAAAUGAGUCUUGAUGUCAGCUUGCCUAAAACUGAUAUUACUCUCCCAAAACCUGAAAAUCCUGAAGUCAGUCUAAAAAUGCCAAAGAUUGAAAAGCCAUCAACAGAUGUAUCUCUCCCGAAGGUGGAAGGUAAAGUUGACAUUGAUGUAGCCGUAGAAAAGCCUUAUGUUCAUGUUUCUUUACCAGAAAUGUCAAAGGACCUUCAAGCCACUAGUACUGACAUCCAGGCACCUGAAAUGGAUGUGGAUAUUGAAUCCGCUGAUGGGAAGAUCAAAAGUCAUGGUGGGAAGUUUAAAAUGCCAUCCAUGAAAAUGCCUUCAUUUGGAAUAUCUCCUCCCAAAUUCAAAGGUCCAGAGGUGGAUAUAGACGCGAAAACGCCUGACAUAAAUGUUUCAAUGACAAAGGCUGAAGCAGAGAUCGAGGGCAAAAUGCCUGAAGUGUCCGCUCCCAAGUGUGAACUUGAUGUGGAUUCAUUGCAAGUGGAUAUUGAAGGCAAAAGAGGGAAAAUGAAAGUGCCAAAAUUUGGAAUGUCUGCACCUGAUAUUAAAGCUCCGAAAAUGAGUCUUGAUGUCAGCGUGCCUAAAACUGAUAUUACUCUCCCAAAACCUGAUGCUGAUAUUAAAAUUCCAGAGGGCGAUAUACAACCAGGCAAGUUAGAAGGUGAAAUUGGUGUCGGAGGUAUACAUGUGGAGGAUCCUGAAGUCAGUCUAAAUAUGCCAAAGAUUGAAAAGCCAUCAAUAGAUGAAUCUCUCCCGAAGGUGGACGGUAAAGUUGACAUUGAUGUGGCCGUAGAGAAGCCUGAUUUUGAUGUUUCUUUACCAGAAAUGUCAAAGGACCUUCAAGCCAUUAGUACUGACAUCCAGGCACCUGAAAUAGAUGUGGAUAUUGAAUCUGCUGAUGGGAAGAUGAAAAGUCAUGGUGGUAAAUUUAAAAUGCCAUCCAUGAAAAUGCCUUCAUUUGGAAUAUCUCUUCCCAAAUUCAAAGGUCGAGAGGUGGAUAUGGACGCGAAAAAGCCAGACAUAGAUGUUUCAAUGACAAAGCCUGAAUUGGAGAUCGAGGGCAAAAUGCCUGAAGUGUCCGCUCCUGAGUGUGAACUUGAUGUGGAUUCAUCGCAAGUGGAUAUUGAAGGCAAAAGAGGAAAAACAAAAGUGCCAAAAUUUGGAAUUUCUGCACCUGAUAUUAAAGCUCCGAAAAUGAGUCUUGAUGUCAGCUUGCCUAAAACUGAUAUUACUCUCCCAAAACCAAAUGCUGAUAUUGAAAUGCCAGAAGCUGAUAUACAUCCAAGCAAGUUAGGUGGUGAAAUUGGUGUCGGAGGUAUACAUGUGCAGGGUCUGGAAGUCAGUCUAAAAAAGCCAAAGUUUGAAAAGCCAUCAACAGAUGUAUCUCUCCCGAAGGUGGAAUGUAAAGUUGACAUUGAUGUGGCCGUAGAGAAGCCUGAUGUUGGUGUUUCUUUACCAGAAAUGUCAAAGGACCUUCAAGUCAUUAGUACUGACAUCCAGGCACCUGAAAUAGAUGUGGAUAUUGAAUCUGCCGAUGGGAAGAUGAAAAGUCAUGGUGGGAAGUUUAAAAUGCCAUCCAUGAAAAUGCCUUCAUUUGGAAUAUCUCUUCCCAAAUUCAAAGGUCCAGACAUGGAUACGGAUGUAAAAAAGCCAGCCAUCGAUGUUUCAAUGACAAAGCCUGAAGUGGAGAUUGAGGGCAAAAUGUCUGAAGUGUCCGCUCCAGAGUGUGAAGUUGAUGUAGAUUCAUUGCAAGUGGAUAUUGAAGGCAAAAGUGGGACAAUGAAGGUCCCAAAAUUUAAGGUGCCAAAAUUUGGAAUUUCUGCACCUGACAUUAAACCUCCAAAAAUGAGUCUUGAUGUCAGCUUGCCUAAAGCUGAUAUUACUCUCCCAAAAAUUGAUGCUGAUAUUAAAAUUCUAGAAGGCGAUAUACAACCAGGCAAGUUAGAAGGUGAAAUUGGGAUCGGGGGUAUACAUGUGGAGGGACCGGAAGUCAGUCUGAAAACAACAAAGGUUGAAAAGCCUUCAACAGAUGUAUCUCUCCUGAAGGUGGUAGGUAAAUUUGACACUGAUGUUGCCGUAGAGAAGCCUGAUUUUGAUGUUUCUUUACCAGAAAUGUCAAAGGACCUUCAAGCCAUUAGUACUGACAUCCAGGCACCUGAACUAGAUGUGGAUAUUGAAUCUGCUGAUGGGAAGAUCAAAAGUCAUGGUGAUAAAUUUAGAAUGCCAUCCAUGAAAAUGCCUUCAUUUGGAAUAUCUCUUCCCAAAUUCAAAUGUCCAGAGGUGGAUAUGGACGCGAAAAAGCCAGAAAUUGAUGUUUCAAUGAUAAAGCUUGAAGUGGAGAUAGAGGGCAAAAUGCCUGAAGUGUCCGCUCCAGAGUGUGAAGUUGAUGUAGAUUCAUCGCAAGUGGAUAUUGAACGCAAAAGAGGGAAAAUGAAGUUCCCAAAAUUUGGAGUUUCUGCACCUGAUAUUAAAUCUCCAAAAAUGAGUCUUGAUGUCAGCUUGCCUAAAACUGAUAUUACUCUCCCAAAACUUGAUGCUGAUAUUAAAAUUCCAGAAGGCGAUAUACAACCAGGCAAGUUAGAAGUUGAAACUGGUGUCAGAUGUACACAUGUGGAGGGACCGGAAGUCAGUCUAAAAAUGCCAAAGAUUGAAAAGCCAUCAAUAGAUGUAUCUCUCCCGAAGGUGGAAGGUAAAUUUGACAUUGAUGUGGCCGUAGAGAAGCCUGAUGUUGAUGUUUCUUUACCAGAAAUGUCAAAGGACCUUCAAGCCAUUAGUACCGACAUCCAGGCACCUGAAAUAGAUGUGGAUAUGGAAUCCGCUGAUGGGAAGAUGAAAAGUCAUGGUGGUGGGUUUAAAAUGCCAUCCAUGAAAAUGCCUUCAUUUGGAAUAUCUCUUCCCAAAUUUAAAGGUCCAGAGGUGGAUAUGGAUGUGAAAAAGCCAGAGAUAAAUGUUUCAAUGACAAAGCCUGUUGAAAGUUCUGCACCUGUUGCAAUAUCACCUGUUUUGUAUGUGAAACGUGAAACUGUUGAAGUCUUGCCGCCGCAAUCUGAAGCUUGUCUCGACAGUGCUGUUGAGGAAGAUGAAGGAAGCAGAGGAAAAAUAAAAAUUGCGAAAUUUAAAUUGUCAAAAUUUGGAAUUAUUCCCCCUGAUAUUGCAACAACAAGUGAGAUUACAAGUUUGCCAGUGGGCUUCAAAAGCCCAGGCCUUAAUGUUGAAGCAGCAAGACUGAGUGUGGAUACUGAUUCAAUAGAUGUUAACACAGUGAAUGGAGAUCACUUGAAAAUGCCAGAAGUUAAAAUGCAAGCAACUGGAGUUUCUACAUUUACAUUUCCAGAUGUGGACUUUGGCUUUACAACACCAAAGGAAGUCGUUUCACCCUUACAGGACUCAGAUUCUGCCAGAGAACCAGUUCUGGGAAAGAUGAACGAAGGUCUGAAUAAAGCUAUACCUGAAGUUUCCCUGACAAAUGUUGCAUUAAAAACAAAAGAUAGUUCCACACCAAAAGAAAAGGCAAGUUGGUUUAAAUUUCCGAAAAUUAGCUUUUCAUCACCAUGGAAAAAAGAGCACAAUACCGAUGGAGAGAAACAAGCUUCACAUGAAGCUACAGUGCUAGGUGUUGAAGCACAUAAACUUGGUCUCAAAUCUACUGAAAUGACAACUCAUGGUCAUCAGUCUUCAAAUAAAGCAGCAGUUGAUGAAAGUGUUGAAAAUAUAGUUGCAGCUGAUGACAGUGGUCAAAUGGUAACUAAGUGCAAAAAUGUUGAUGUCAUAAUAGAUGAGCAUGUGAAAAAGUCCAGCCAAGUAGUAACAUCAACUGCCAGAACUGAGCUUGCUUUGCUUGAGUCAGGUGAUUUCACAAUGAAUAUAAAGUCAUCUAAGUCAAGAAAAAUGCCCUUGUCUGAAAGUCCUCAUCAAAGCCAAGAUCAAACCUAUCAGACGUCAACUGGAAUUCUUCAAACUACUUUGACUGAAAGUAAAAUAACAAAAACGUUCAAGGAACAAAGUACAGACAAGCCACAAAAUUUUCAAGCUCCCAAACUAUCAGAAUAUUCAUAUUCUGAAAAUUCAUCGCAAAUGUAUCCAAAAGAACAUUCCACUAAUAUCACUAAGAAAUACAGCAUUCAAGAAUGUGCUGCCAGUGAGUCUUCUGGACAAGAAAACGUUACUAACGAAUAUUCUUCAUUCCUGGCUGAUUUCCAGUCAUCUAAAUCAGAAUGUACUGAAUCUCUCAAAAGCCACUCCUUCUCUAAGAAUUUUACCAAAACUGCAGUAACCUUACCUGAGAAUCCUGAAAUACAUGAAGACACUGUUCUAGAAGCAGCACCUACUGAAGGGUCAUCCACUGUUUUCCAGAGAAAGAUGGAAAAAAAAUCAGAAUGAAGAAAAGCAGUUAUAUUAAACAUCCCAAGUUCCUUCAGUUGCCUUCUCUGUAUCUGAAUCUGAGACAACACAGAUUAACAAUUCUGUAACCAAGGAGCAAGAUAUAUAUUUACAGUUUUGUUUAUAAUUGUGAAAUGAUGCUUUUACAAUGUAUUCAUCUACUGUUUUCUGUAUUUAAUCAAAUAUUACUUGAUUAUUCUUAGCAAAAUAUAUAUUCUGCAGAACAAUAAGGACAUUGCACACAGCAUCUAUUGUUAAAAAUCACAGGCUCACAUAUAAUAGGACUCUCUUUAAGAUCUGAAUUUAAAUUGUACAUUAUUUUACACAUUUAUGUACAGGUUGCUCCAAUGCUGUUUUUGGUUUAAAUGUAAAAAAAAACUUCCUACUUCCUAAGCUUCAUUUCACACCACAUAUCAUCAAUCAGUUUACAUUUGCUGACAUUACAUUAUAUGACCCUUUCAGAAUAGUCACCUGCAGUCAGUCAGAAUAUAUUUUAUAAUUUUUUUUAUAACUAAGGCAACAUAUAUAAAAUAUUGUCAAAUACACAGUUAAAGUUCCUUUGAAUCACUUUGCAUCAGCAAGUAGAAACAUACAUCACAUUGCACUAGUAUUGUAUGUUUUCAUCUUAAUCCAGACUAGCACUUUGUAAUGAAUAUUAACAAUUCAAAUAAUUUUAGUAGCAAUUUUGUGAAUAUUUUUAUCCCAGAGGUAUUCGGCCUAUGUCUUUGUCUUGAAAAAUCAAUGUCUAAUCCAUUACACUACCCAGCUUUUCACAAUCAUUCUGAAAUGUUUAUAUUGGAUUUCAUGUAAUUGAACUCAAGCACUAGUAUUAAUUAGCAUCAUAAAUUAUUUCAAAUGCAUGCAGAUGAAUAAUAUCCAAUCAACAAAAUUGUCUAAAAGACUAUACAUGCACAGUAUAUUCCAAGUGAUUAAUGUCAACAUAUCAGUGGAGCUUAAUGGAUAGUAAGCUAAUUUGUUCUUCUACUGAAAUCCUGAAUAUGUUUUAAAAUUUGUGUGAAUAUUUUUGCUGUAAAUAUAGUUCACUGACAAUUUGUAUUCUGAAACAGCUGCUGAUAUAUACCAUGAUUACUUUAAGGUAUUACCCAUUUGAAAUAGUACCUUUGUUUUGUUAGGUUAGCUGAAAGUUAAUGCAUCUGCCAACUCUGUAUAUGUGUCAUCAAUAAAUCAGA